UUUACCAACUGGUGCCCCAAUUUUGUAAACAAGCCAUUUUGGAACGAAAACAAAACUAAAAAAAAACUUUCCAAAGUUUUUCAUUAUUGUCUUCCUCACAGACGAAAUCAUGAAAAUGUAGAAAGGCAACUUACGCAAAAAGAAUGGGAGGGGGGUUGAUGCAAGAGAUGGAUACUAGGAUGAUGAGAUUAUUUGGGCCGAUAAAGCUCCACACAAAUAUUCUUCUUUUUUUGAUUAUAUAAUGGCUAAAACUGAUGAAACUACUGUCUGUUUACCAAUUGGUGUCUUCUGGGAUAUCGAAAACUGCUGUGUACCUAAAUGGAAAUCUGCUCUUCUUGUCGUAAAAGCUGUUCGGGAAAAGUUCUUCAAUGGACAUCGUGAGGUGGAGUUUAUGUGUGUCUGUGAUACGUCUAAAGAGAACAAAUACAUUAUACAAGAAUUAAAUCAAGCACAGGUAAAUGUCGUACAUAUAGAUGCUGUGAGCAAGAACGCUGCAGACGACAAGUUACGACAAAACAUUCGACGGUUCUCAGAUACACAUACUCCCCCUGCUAGAAUUGUCCUCAUAUCAAGUGAUGUAAAUUUUUCAACUGACCUGUAUGAUCUGCGAUACAGAAAGAAAUUUGACAUAAUCCUAAUACACAGUCAGCAUAUCCAUCAGUCAUUGCGUCUCUGCGCUACUGAAAGCUUCUUGUAUGAGGAUUUAGUCAAAGAUAUUCCUUGUAGAUCUCCUUCAAAGUCUGUAGAUACUGAUGCACAAUUAAUGGUGACUGGCUUCAGUGAAAAACUAGAUUCUAAAUGUAUCAGAUCCAAGCUUCAGAAACUGGCCUCUAACACUGGAGGUAAAGUUGUCUGUGUCACUGCCAAAUAUGCACUGCUUCGAUUCACUUCACAAACUUCGGCUAAACGGGCUCAGAGAAGGAUGGAUGGUCAAGACUUUUAUGGGAAUCAGAUACAUGUGGAUUUUUCUGCACCAGGACAGUACCCAAUGCAGGAAAAUAACAAUAAUUACUUUGAUAAAGGAAGACUUGACAAUCGGAAGAAUGUAAGCCCCAACAGAACCCGGCCAUACUCCCAGUCCCACAGGAAGAACUCUCCACCCAGGUCUCGUUUGCCCUUUCCACAACCUAAUGUGUCAAAGGUAGACAACUCUAUACCAAACCCAGGAGAAGUUAGCCCCCUUGAUGCAUUGUUAUCGGGUCAGCUGGAAACAAUUACUGAUGACCACACAGGUGGAGAUGGACUUCAGGGGCUGGUCAAAAAGUUUAGUCAGGAAAAUAAAUCCAGCAGACAGUUACUAAUGUUACAGCAGCAGAUAUACCAGGAAGAACAAGUUCCAAUUGGCACUGAAUCUACACAGUUCUACUCCCAGUUCACCAAGUACCAGGAAACCAGCUACUAUGGUUAUGGUAACCAUUGGCAACCACAAGGUUACCAUGACAACAGACAGUAUAUUGAUUGUUACCAACCAACUCAACCUUACAGUGAUUACAAUAGUAGUUAUUACCAGUAUCAGAAUACCCAGAAUCCCCCUCCACCAUAUCCCUAUAGCAACAUGAAUGUUCCUGCCAACAGAGGAUUUCGACCAAUCAGAUCAGCUUCUCCGAGUGAGAGUUCUGCAAGCUCCUCCCCCUGUGACUUCAACAGUGAAGAGUAUCCUGGAUCAGUUGACAUAGUUGUCAGUAACCUUGACUACAACAUCAGUCCAAGAGAGUGGAAGCAUAUUUUGUCUACAACUUUUCAUCCUCACAUAAAAAUAUUAUAUAUAGAUGUGUCCCUGCAGCCAGACAACACAUCUCUGGGUUUGAUCAAGGUUGGAAGUAUAGAGGAAGCAAGGUUUGCUAUCUCUCAGUUCCACAGGAAGAAGAUAGGCUACAAGAGAAUACAUGUCACAUUGAAAUCUGAUGACGAAAAUAAAACUGUGUCUACUGUAAGGUCAGAAGCUAUAUCUCUAUUAUCUGAGGCCAAGGAUAAUGUACUACCUCUCUUCAAAUUUAUAGAACUCUUCAAUAAAAGGUUUAAUCGUUCAGUUAGUGUUGCAGAGCUGUAUAAGAUGAAGGACACUAUAGAGAUUCGGGAGCAAGGUGGUGCUGGACGUAUGAUACACCUUGCUCCGGAACUACGGAAACCAGAUCAACCCAAAGAUACAGAGGACGGGGAGGUACAGGAGAUAAUAGAACAGGUUGUAUGUCCGUACCACUGUCCUGAAGGUAGUACAAUGUAUGCAGAGACUGUGAGUACAUCUAUCCUACCCAAUGUGAAGCUGCAGCUGAAAACAUUUGCUCCACAGGUUCACUCUCUUCUUAUGACACAUGAUGGUGAUCUUCCACUUAUGAGCUUCUCAGCAUGCUUCAGUGUGGAGGUAGCACCACUCGUCUAUGUUUAUGAGGGAGGUGUCCCACUGGAGCACCUCAUCAGCUGUGUGCCUGGGGUACAAAUUGUUGUCUCCCCUACUGGAGUGAAAAAGGUCCACUGGGCGGAAAACAAACCUCCAAAUUCACCAGAUUUGAGUCGAGGAGGACAGCAGUUAGCACAGUUCAGUAAAGAGAUUUUGGACUUGUUGAAAAGUUCUCCAAACUGUAGAAUGGCAUUCAGCAAGUUUAUACCUAGCUACCACCAACAUUUUGGACGUCAGUGUCGAGUCGCAGACUAUGGCUACAACAGACUCCUUGAAGUGUUUGAAUCUAUACCACAUGUUCUUCAGAUAUUGGGUACAGGAGACAGGAAAGUGCUGACACUGACGCACAGGGCACAGGUGAAACGGUUUACAGCUGAUCUGGUACGACUAUUGAAGAACAUUCCAGGAAGGAUGCUUUACCUGUCUUCACUCACUGAAGAAUUCUGUAAACUAUACAACAAGAACUGGGAUAUUAUAGAGUAUGGUGUAUGUCAUCUGGAUGAUAUGUUGUCAGAGUUACCUGCUGGUACUGUAGAUAUAAUGACCGAGGGACAUGAUACUAUCAUAGCUCUUCCUAGGAAAGAUCAGACACCCGAAGAGCAAGAGAGAAUGAAGCAGUUUGCCCUUGAGGUUGUUGACCUCCUCUCACAUAGUCACCAGUGUCGUAUGUUGUUUAACAAGUUCAUACCUGCCUACCAUCAUCAUUUCGGACAUCAGUGUCGAGUCAGUGACUAUGGAUUCACAAAACUUCAGGAUCUUUUUGAGGCACUACCAAAGAUUGUAGAGCUUCUUGAUGAAGGUGAGGAGAAGGUAAUACGUCUGACAGAACAGGAGCUGCGUAAAGUUGUCGGCGAUCAUAUAGUUGACCUCCUUAAACAGAAGAAAGUUCAGUGCUACCCGCUGGACAAUCUAAUGAUAGCUUUCACACAGCAUUAUGGCUACACCAUACCAAUGGAAGAUUUACAUGUAUAUAGCAUGGAACAGUUAAUGACAAAAUUGAAACAUGUUCUAAAGGUUGAAAUUUAUGAUGGUAAACAGUAUAUUGUACUGUCAGACCGAAGUAGUGCUCCCCCUUUAGCCAGGCAAGUUCUACAACUCUUGAUGGACCAGAGUGGAGGUAGUCUCCCUUUGAUGGAACUAUGCAGCAGAUACAAAACUACUUUUGGAAUUGAUCCUGAUGUCCAAAAAAUAAAGGAAGAAUUAUUAGACUAUGUGCAAAUAUCUGGAGAUGAUGAAUCUGGUGUGAUCAGUCUAACACGUCUACAGGUCCUUGCACGAGAUAUCCGUGUGCUACUACAGAAGCAUGGCAAGAUGUCACUGGCACAGUUUGAGAGGCUGUUUUACGAGCAGUUCUGUUUGGAGAUCAAACCUGCGUUGUAUGGGUUCCCGACCACUGUAGCCUUGCUUAUGGCUAUACCACAUGUUAUCAGCAUAAAAGGAAAAGGAAAUAGAAGGAUGGUUCAUUUAUCGGGAGACCUGCAAGGAUCAUUACCUAUCAUAGAUGAAUCAUACACCAGACCAGAUUCGGACACGCCCUCAAAUGAUUCAGGCUCUGCCCUCACAGAUGAAGACACACCUGUAGAGCAGAGGAAGUUCCUCCCUGCUGACUUGAUGAGUGGGGCUGUCCCCUCAAAUGUGCCAUCCCCCACCCUAAGACCAGAUCAAUUUGGUCAGCAGAUAGAUCUCAUCAAAUUUGAAAACAAUACCCCAGUUGCAGAUACCAGAGACAAAAUAUUUUCAUCUAUCACUGAUGACGAGCGUGCCCAGCAGAAGACACCACUUUGCCAUACCCCAACCUCUCAGCUAUUACAAUUAGCAGCUCAGUUUCUACCUACACCUCCCCCAACCCCAGUAGAAGAAUUGAACACAAAGAAAAGAAAUCCAUCAGAAGACAUUUUCGAUUUGAUUAAACAAGGGUGGUGGAGGGCGAGUCCAAGUCAGUUGCAGGAAGUUAGCGAAAGCAUAAAAAAUGCAGGGCUUGUGGAGAAAAUGGCACAGAUUGAAAUUGACUCCAAAAUAGCAGGAACUGGUUCCCCAGCUACUGAAGGCCAGAUGGGUUCAGAUUAUAAUGGCAAUUCAGAACAUUCUUCCAGUACUGAAGUAAAUAAAGAAACAAAUUAUAAACAAGAUAGAAACAAUAAUGAGAAAACAAAAAGUACUGGGACAGAAUACAAAGCUGCAAUCAACAGUCUCUCUGCCACUAUUGCAUACCUAAAGGAGCAAAAUGAGGAUAAAGAAGGUAAAACUCACGCAAAGGAUACCAUGGAUGAAAGCAAAAGCAACCAGUCUGAGAAUAAGAAAACGGAAGACAAACCUCCAGUUGCUCUUUGUCCACGCCCCCUUCAGCCAGGAUCCUACUGGUACUCUAAGCAAUUUCAGAUUAAAAGCGACAGUAGUCAAGAGUUGCCUAGCAACAGUAGUGAUGAGGUACGAAAAGUUCUCGCUAAUCUAGCUAAUACAAAACCAAAACAGAAGACCAGCUCUGAUUCACAGAAAGAGGAUGAUUCAAAAUCAGUUCCCCUUGCAGAAAAUACAGCUACUCCUCAUGCAAGUAUAGACACAAGUGAGUCAUUCUCUGCAGAGACUAUAACUCCAGAAGUCAGCAGAGAAAAUCUAUCUAAAGAAGUUGAUCUAAUCACAGAAAACCUUGAGAAAUCUGAAAAAGAUGUAAAAAGCAAUGAAUUACAAAAAUUUGGUGAUGUUCUGGAGAUGGAAAUAAAAGAAACUGAGAAGUAUGUGAGAAAUAAUAUCAACCAAGCUAUGAAAUCAGAAUCUGAUAAAAAUAGAAACAAAUAUUUUGGACAUCAUUUUGAAAGCUGUGUCGCAGCAGACUGCAUGUGCUAUGAGGCCGUCUUUCGUCAAGAUCACCCAAUCGAGACAAGCUCGAUUAAAUCGGAUUCAAGCUUUACAGAAAGCCCCGAGUCUUCGCCAAAGAAGAAAAUUUUACAGCGUCAGCAAAAGUUGAGCUCCAGUUCUCUAAGUGAUGAGUCUGGCAACAGCUCAAUCAAUAGACGUAGGUCUAGAAUUGCUGCAAAGUUUGAACAACCUUUGGAGUAAGGUUAUAUAUUACUCUGUUCAAGGCUUUCAGUGUAUAUGUAUCAGCAAAGAGCUGCAGGCUUGAUGCAGUUCUUGUUUCUGCUAUGGUCUUCUUUUUUGCUUUUUGUGCACAGUUGUUAAAGACACUUAUUACUGAUUUUAUUUUUUUUUUCUUGUUUAUUUUACGUGUCUUCCUGAAGGAUUCAUUCUGUUUACAGUUUGUGCAGACAUUUAAUAUUACUAUAUUAGCACAGAAAUUACUGAAUAAGCCUUUUUGACAAGAUAUCUUCAUGAAGUUGUGUUGUUUGAGAUAACAUGUAAGAAAAUCUUCCCUUACCAAAGGGCAGACAUAUUUUUGCAGAACUGCAAAAAUUAUCAUACCACUGAACAAAUACAUGCUGAGAUUCAACUUAUUAAUUAUGUUAUUGAAAGUACAGGUCAUAUGUUUAUAAGUUUUAACAUUGGGCAGUUGUUAUACCUAGAUCUGUUUACAAGAACUCACUGGUUCAGUAGCUAAUCAGUAUCAUCCAUCAGAGGUUCAUCAUAAUCAGAUGAACCUCUAAUUUAUUUCUUUCAUUUAUUUAGUGAGCAUGCGCACUUGUUAUCACUACCAAGAGUGGUUUCAGCCAAUGUUUGCCAUCAUUCGGCAUUCAAACGACAUCUUAGCAAAGUACUGGCUACAAAAGAAUAAAGAAGAUAUUGUAUGACAGCAAUUAAUAGAUUGAUUCCUCUAAUCGGAUGUUUAGUAAUUUACCUCAAGAAAUAAUAGAUUCCUUGUAAUUCAACGUCGAUAUCAGGAAGGACAUGGUCAUGCUUGUCACAGCUGAUUUUGGUUUGUUUUGAAACGUUGCUCAUUGGCUAAAUUGUUUUACCUGUAAUGUAAUCAAAUUAAAAAGGCUUUCGACAAAAUGUGCCAGAGUUUCAGUUGGGGAACCAUAGACUUCUGGUAUGUAAGACUGUAGCAAAUACUCAUGUUACUUUCUACUUAGUUUUAAUUUUUUAAGGGUAAAGCAGUUUUGUUUGUGAAAGGUGAGGAAUCAUUUUAUAGCUUGGAUGGAACAAUUUUCUGAAAAAUUUGAAAGGAAUGUGUAGAACUCGGCAUGUAUUUGUUCAGUGGUUGCCUUAAACCAGGCUAACACAAGGUUAUCUUGUAGCCUGGUUCAGGCAGAGUGGACAUGCAUAUACUUACAGUGUAUGGUGUUUGACAGAAUUAGAUAAACAUUCUAUUGCAAAAGUGUAGAUACAAGAGUUUUUGUAACAAGCUAAGGAAAGGCUUUUACAAUGUAGAUAAUGUACAGAUUUGUUAAGGCUAAGUGAGAACAUGUUUUUGAUUCAUCUUGUAUGAGAGAUAUUUAUGAUAAGCUUAGAUAAUAUAAGGUAAUGAAAGGUAAACCUCUGAUAAUUGAGAUGUUUAAGAUUUAUCGUAUGAAGAUGCUUUGACUUCCAGUGCUUUGUAAUAUAUGUUUUCAGUCUAUAUAUGGUACUCUCUGUACAAUUUAUUUGUAUUUUAAAGAUACUUCACUGUGAGAAGUGUUCAAAACAUUUGCCACUCAUUGCUGUGGAUUUGAGCUUCAGCUUGGCUGAAUUCUUUCAAGUAAGCCAUAUGGAUGAUCUAAAUACAUGCCUGAAGUAAUGCUAUAAGGGGAACCUUUGGUUUUCUUUCACUGUUUGAUCAUAAGCAAUAAAAGCUCACCCAAAAAAUACCAGAAAUUACUUAGAAAAUUUGUCAAUAAAUGUUGGGACAAAACAUACUUUACAAAGACACUUGGAUAAAAGCAGAAUAAACCAGGCAAACACAAGAAGUAUCUCUUGUUGCUUGGUUAAAAGUACACUGUCGGUCCAGUGGAAUAUUUACAGCAGAUUGAUUCACCAUCAGAUUCUGGCAACACUUAUGUAAAUUGGGUACAUAGUUAAUAAAUAACGUUCUCUACAUGUGUAGAUGUUAAUUUGUAUUUGGCAAAUUCAGAUUUUAAGACUUUUUUAAUAAAUUAAGAUCAAUUUUCGUCAUAUUAGGCUUUAGGUAAGAGGAUGUUUUUACCUUUGAGGAGCCACAAGGAAGGUUUUCCGACUCCAAAGCAAAGUUGAUUGAAAUUUGUUAGUUUUUAAAGAGAGUAGGUUCAUAAUGUAUUGCUUUAAAAUGGUAUAAUCUGUGUAAAAAAGCUUGCGCUUAAAUUUUUGCAGCUAGGUUGAAGUAAUUUAAUGAAUAAAUUUUACUAGUGAUGGGAAAAGUUCUCCUAGUAAAUAUUUCACUGGUUAAGACUUGCAUUAGAGCAUAUAUAUAUAUACACACUUGUACAUAGAAUAUAAUGAUAUUUGUUAACUGAUUAAAUGUUAAUUAUAAA